GGUGAUGUCAAUCUCAGUGUCAUAUAGGAUGAAAUAAACUUCUAUUGGUUGUUUAACCUUCUUGGAGCAUGCAUGCUAAGGGAACUAAUGAUUAUUGGUGGAAAAGAUGAUGCUCUAUGCUUUGAGUUUAUGUGCAUGAAACAAAUUUUUAAAAAUUUCCUUGUUCUUCUUGUAGAGCUCAAAAUCAAUGAAGAUAAGGAGAAGCGAGGGAGGGAAAUGGUUGGAUGCUGUGCCAGUUUACCUUUGGCCAUUGUUGUGCUUGGAAGGCUUUUGGCAACAAAGGAAACAUUGAUUGAGUGGGACAUGGUGAACAGAAAUAUCAGGUCAUAUUUGGCCAAAACUAAAGGCCAUGAACAAGCAAGAUUAUCUGAGGUAUUGGCUUUAAGUUACCAUGAACUGCCUUACCAAUUGAAACCGUGCUUCCUCUAUUUGUGUCAGUUCCCUGAAGAUUUUGAUAUACCAACUAAAAAGUUAGUUCAGCAGUGGGUGGCAGAAGGCUUUGUGUUCUCACAGGAUGAGUUAGAAGGAGAUGAAACAAUGGAGGAUGUUGCAGAAGGCUACCUACAUGGUUUGAUCAACAGGUGUAUGGUUCAAGUGGGAUGUGGGAAUGAGACCCUUGGUGCACUUCCAUCAUCCACUGGAACAAGAUCAAUUGGAAAGAGUUGCAGGCUUUUGAUUCUUUUGAGGGAAGAUGUUGAUGAUCUUAUUCCACCACAAUACAAGAAAAAUCGUAACCUGAGAUUGCUUAAAGUCAGGGAUCUUGAAGGAAUUAAAGGACCUGAGUCUAACAAAUGUGAUGUUAAAGAUCUUCUCAGGUUGACCAAUCUCAGGAAACUUGUGCUGAAUGAUGCCGGAUACUUCGGAAACUUUGUCAGAAUCUUUGAUCCUCUAAGAAGCACAUUAAACUUCCUCAUGUCCUUGUCUUUAAAGACUGUUAUUCUCUCCUUUCCUGAUAAGGAAGACCCAAUGAAGACUCUGGGGAAGCUGCCAAACUUAAGAUACUUUAGCGGGUGGGAAGUGUUUGUCAGAAAGAAAAUGGUUUGCUCAAGAAAAGGUUUUCCCCAACUCAAGACCUUACUCCUUCGUGGCCUUCCCAAUUUAGAGGAGGGGACAGUGGAGGAAGGAGCCAUGCCUAGUCUGGUUCGUCUAGGAAUUUCAGAUUGCUAUAAGCUAAAGAUGUUUCCUGAAGGUUUGAUGUUCAUCACUACUCUUAAGGAACUGGAGAUUACAUGGAUGACUAGAGCAUUCAAAGGUCUCCUUCAAGAAGAUGGAAAGGAUUUCUACAAAAUCCCGCACGUGCCUUCUAUUGUAUUUCUAAAUUGAGAAGGGUGAUCGUCAAGUAAAAAAGUGAUCCUAGUAGAGUUACUGUAGACUUUCAUGUUUAAUAUUUUUGUUUGCUUAGUAUUACUUAAAAUUUUUUGGCAUUUGGCUAAAAUAUGUGCUUAAAAGUUGUAACUUGUAACUGCACCUGCUGCUAAUAACAUGCUCAAAUAUUU